GAAAAAAAGUUGUUUUUAACCAAUGAUACCCUCCACUUUCUUUCCAACAACUUUGAUUGGAAAAUCGAAUGCUACAGCAUAACGCUGAUUAGGAAUAUAUUAUGAGAUUGAACCUCUUUGCCAUUAUACAGAAGUUUUGAUUAAUUUCCUAAGGAUACUUGUUUGGAUAUGGGGCUAGAGAAGAAUUAUGCUGAGCUGAAAAGACAAUUACCAGUCAGUGAAAAUCAUAAUUCUUCAAAGGAAGAAGUUGAUGGAAAAAGGGCUAGCAAGAUUAGCUGGAGAGACUGAAACUUGAAAAAGAACGAAGAAAAGGAAUAACUGAAAUAAAUCAUCAGCUGUAAAUAGACUGCGAGCUGAAGUUAAUUCAGUCAAUCAAUCAACUAAGUGUUAACGCCAAACUAGUUGGAAUCGGCUAUAUGAAUCCUAUAUUUCCAAUUCUGCCUAUCGGCGUAACUGACUGCUAAUGAGGAUCUGAUUAAAGAAGUUGCUGUUUUGGAGCUGGAAGUUAUGUAUUUAGAGAAGUAUCUUCUUUCACUUUACCGAAAAACAUUUGCUAAGCGGUUAGAAUCACUGUCUGUGAAGGAUGACAAAACAAAAUCCAAUUCAGCUACCAAAGAAAGGAAACUUUCAGAAGUCAAGAAGCACAACAACAAAUCGAAGGAAAAUCCAAUAACUAAUAGUACUAGUCCUUCUUUGUCGCCUUUCGGAAAUCCACCAGAAGAAUGUACCGAGAAAAAAGGAGCUCCAAACUUAGUUGACACUACUAUUCUGAGAAGCCACUCAUCAUUGUCUCACACUGCUGCUUCUUUCAAACCUUCGCCUUCAGUCGGAUUUCUUGCUGAUGCUGUAGAUUCAUACCAUUCUUUGCCUUUGUCAAUGCUUGAGCAUGCUCAGGUAUCCACUUCAAAUGGAAGAGCGGCAGAACAUUUUGUUACUAGUUCUUCAAAUCAUUUUCGACGUGUCCCAAACCAGCUGUCUGAAGAAAUGAUUAAGUGUAUUUCAGCCAUAUAUUUUCAGCUUGCUGAUCCCCCUUUGUUCAGUUAUGAUUACCCAUUCUCACCAAUCUCGUUAUCAUCAUCAACGCUGGAAUCCUUUCCUCAAUGUCAGACCGAUAUGGGGGCUUUACAAUGCGAAAAAAGUUCAUCUUCCAAUUCAACAAUGAAUAACCCUUUUCACAUUAAAGAGUCGAGAGAAUAUAGUGGAUCGUUUGUCACAAUGAUUGAAGUGCAAGGGCUAUGUCGAGAUAAACGGAGCUUAGAUGGUGUAGAGCACAUGUUACAACAUUUUAGGUAUCUAGUCUCAAAAUUGGCGGAAGUUGAUCCGAGAAAGCUGAAACAUGAAGAAAAGCUAGCUUUCUGGAUUAAUGUCCACAACGCACUAGUGAUGCAUGCAUUCUUAGCUUAUGGAAUUCCGCGAAGUAAUCUCAAGAGAGUAUCUCAACUUCUCAAGGCUGCUUAUAACAUUGGAGGGAAUACAGUAAAUGUGGAGAUGAUUCAGAGUUCUAUACUAGGAUGUCGAUUGCCCCGACCAGGUCAGUGGAUUCAAUCAUUGUUCUUUCCAAAGCAAAAAUUUAAGGCUGGAGAUGCAAGAAAAGGAUAUGCAAUAGAGCGCCCAGACCCUCGCCUACGCUUUGCUCUAUGCUCAGGAAGCCAUUCUGAUGCUCUGCUACGGUUGUACACGCCAAAGAGAGUAUUCCAGGAGCUUGAAGUGGCUAAAGAAGAGUACCUUCAGACAAACACAAGGGUAAACAAGCAACAAAAACUACUACUCCCAAAGAAUGUGGAAUCUUAUGCGAAGGAAGUUGAUUUGUGCGCUUCUGGAUUGAUGGAAAUGAUACAACACGCAUUACCUGAACAUUUCAUAAAGAAAUAUCAAGGGAGAAUAUUGAAGAAAAUUGAUUGGAUUCCUCACAACUUCACGUUCCGUUACCUAAUUUCACAUGAAUUGCUCGAGUCUGUCAUAUCGUUAUGAUCAAAAUCACUGUCAAGUUGAUCAAAACUGUUCAGUUUAGCAGAUAGUUUUGAGCUGCUAAUCUGAGAAGUGGCAUAGCUUUGACCUAUGUUACAAGAUCCUUCAUUUGUCUUGACAUAGCCAUAUUAACAGGUGUUACAAAUACUUUGUGCGGAUUUUUCAAAAUACACUGGAAUUGCAUAUACUUGUAUCGGAUGCUUAAACACGCAUAUUUUGGAUAUGUACCUGUAGUUGAGUCUAUGUAAUAUAAUCUGUGAUUCAACUGUCAUUUUCUCAUUUUAAUGAAUGAGUUUUGUAAUA